CUCAAAAAAGUUUCAGAAAGAUUCAUAAGAGAAACGGGAUCUUCAGAAGAUGGACGAUAAAGGACUGUUGGCCUAAUAUUUGGAAGGAGAAUAUGCCGUGUAAUUAAAACUCAUUGAAAGUAUGGGUAACGGGGCGUCCGCCAAUCACAGCAGUCGACAGAAAUCGUCGAUGGCAGACUCCCUACGUGAACCGGAAGAGGAUGAAAAUGAACUCUUGUGUUUACAGCCUGGUUACCCUUCUCCAAGGCCUCCCCGCAACAGGAAGGAGGAUGUCUUUGCCCCAGAUGGGUUCUAUGAAUGUGACGAGAGAGGGCAUAUGGCUCCUAUAGAUGUUAGCUACAGUUGGGGUACACUGAUUCAGUAUCUUGUAUGGGGAUUCCGAUCCCCGAUGGACAAGUUAAGAACUUUGUUUGUAUGGAUGGGUGCGCAGGACAUCCCACAACGAAUUCUCCCUCCCAUUGAAGGCAAGGAGCCAGACACACCAUACAACGACAUCAGGCACAUUCAACGGGGAAAGAUGUCCUAUGCUAUGUUCCUGCUGAAGUUGUGCAGGGCGUGUGAUCUGAAGUGCGUUUUCAUCAGAGGGAUUGCCAAAAGUCAGGCUUAUAUGGUCGGUGAUCCUAUGGAGAAAAUAAUUCGUUUAAGAAAUGCAUGGGUUGCUGUGUACGUUGAAGGAGAUUGGCGGAUCAUUUUCCCAAAAUGGGCAUUUACCCCAAGACGAGGCAGCACAAGGGAAGAAGAGGAAACGGACAUAACACUUCCAAAAGUAAAAAUGAAGAGAAGAGGAGGAACUAUCAAUGAGUUCUGGUUCCUUACCGAUCCGAAUAAGUUUGCUUUCUUUGCCCUUCCAGAUGACCCAAAAUGGCAGCUACUUAAUGUGCCUUUCGGUUUGGAGAAGUUCGUAAAGAUUCCCUAUUUGUACAACCCCUUCUUUCGUGACAAUAUGCAUAUUGUCUCCGCUUUUAGGGGCAAACUUAAGGCACUGCAAGGCAAGACAGAAAUUGUGAUCCAGUCUAAGAAUGAGGCUUGGGACGGUUUGUUAAUGUUCGAGUUGUCCACGUUAGAUGAGAAAACAGGUCAAUUACUCGCUGAUUUCGCACAGUUUACGAAAUAUGUCAUCAUGUGUCGUAAUCGCACCACGUGGACAUUCGUCAUUCGUUUCCCAACAUCAGGAACAUACCUAAUGCGCAUUAAAGGUGGAAAAUCUCAGAAUUAUAUGCUUAAGUUUUGUGAUUUCAAGAUACAAUGUGAUAAUGUUGUGAAAAAACCUAUAGAACUGCCCUUUGAACCCUCUUUUAUAGGAUGGGGACCUAGUCUACAUACAGUGAAAUCAGGUCUUCUUAAUGCCACACACAAAACGGGUAUUAUUUCAGUCAAGAUACAUAUUCCAACUUUAAUAGGAUUUGAUUUAGACACUAAGGAAAAAAUUCAUGUUGAUCUGUUGAACAAAACAAUAAAUCCAAGUGAACUGGAAGGUUGUAUGAAUUUCAGAGCUGCCAACCAUCAGCUGAACAUCUGGGUGACCGUUCCACAUGAAAGCGAGUACGCACUCUGUAUAUAUCUAAAGAAAGGAGCGAAAGUAGACAACGUAUGCAACUAUCUUCUAACGUCCAUAGAAAGCAAGAAGAAAUAUAUCCACGAAAGUUCGAAAGAGAAUCCUACCGAGACCAUGGUGAGAACCAACCUAAAAUACGUCACUGAGGUGGCGACGUCACACAAAGAACUGGACGAGGCCAUCAAGGCCUUCAACAAACUGAGUCUGGAAGAUGAUGGCGAUCUGACUUUAGCACAGGAUAAACGAGACUUCUUAAAACUUCAAGCAGAGCUAAGAGACGCAAUGAACCGCAGGUUUAUCAAAGUUUUGAAUCCAGUAAUUCAGAAAGCUGAGCAAUCUAAGUUUGCAACGAAUAGUACCAUCCAGAGGCUAGUGAAGGAGGCAAAAAAGAUUGUGAAGAAUUUAAAGAAGUUGGAAGAAUUUGCACAUCCAGUUCUCUCGCUAAGUUUGUCAACCAUUGCCGAGAUUCAUGGCUACCGACAAGUUUUACCGGAAAUUCAAGACGUCAUGGCAGCUACCUACAUGCUGCUGGGUGAAAAAAUCGAAAGCAUGGAGGAUUGGGAAGAUAUACGUUAUUUAAUGGGGAAAACUGAGAAGAAAAAGAGUUUGAUGUUCAGGAUAAAGACAUUCAAUAUGGUGGACUUGACGGAAACAGUAACGGAACAAGUUGGAUCUAUUCUGGAGAAAUACGACAUCAAAAUGAUUCACAAUAAAAGCUCGGGUGUUGCUGCCUUCUAUGUAUGGUCGACCAGUAUCGUUCAAGAGAAAAGAGCGCUCAUGCAGAUGGCCAGAGAACAGGAGGGAGAUACACUUCGCGCCCUUCAAAAGAGGAAAGGAAAACGUUAUUAACAAGAAAACUUAAUUUAGUUAUUCAUAAACUGCUUCUAGUUAUUUAACUACAAAACUUUUUUCAGUUACCAAUAAAACUAAA